AUCUACGACAGCAUAGAAUCCAAUCAGAACCAAGAUAUCUUCAUAAAGACAGAGUCAAUUAACGAUUUGUUCAAACCCAAUGAAAUAAUCUAUCUCACAGCAGAUUCGGAUAACGUUUUAACAAAAUUGGAUGAAGCUAAAGUUUACGUUAUCGGUGGUCUUGUUGAUCAUAACAGUCAGAAAGGACUUUGCUAUGAACUAGCUGUAAAAGCUGGAUAUGGUCAUGCCCGACUUCCUAUCGAUGAAUUCGUGCAGAUGAAGACACGCAAGGUGCUCACAAUCAAUCAUGUGUUCGAAAUUCUGGCUCAUUUUUCUGAUCAUGGUGACUGGGAAAAGGCGUUUUUCACUGUCAUACCUCCGCGAAAGGGAAUGGCGAAGAAAGACACGGCUGAAGACGGUAUCACCCUAGCCGAAGGAGCCUCCCAGUCCAGCGAAGAAGUCGAUGGCGAUAAGGAUUCCGACUCCCCAACCAUCAAGAAACCUCACCUAGAUGACGAGCAGUAG